GCGGUUCACGCAACGCUAGCUAAAACUUGGCCCAAACUGAGCCUGACAGCUUGACAACAGCCAAUUUGCUGGCCAUUUGGCUUUUCAAUGUUGGUUAAAACAAUUUUUUAAAAUUAUGUAAAAAAAAUAAAACAAAUUGUUUAGUGGUUAGCUAUAAAAGUAUCUGUAUCUUUGAUCAAUUGUAUCUGUGCUGCAGUAUAUAAAUAUAUAUUUUAUGGGCUUUAUGCUUAGAUCAAGUGUACGCUGUAAGUGCAGUGCGGAGUGAAGAGCGAAGUGCGGUGCGCUCUAAAUCGUUUAUAGAACGUGCAAAGCGUUAACAGUUAAACAAAUUCAUUUGGCAUAGGCCGAAAACAACAUGACUGUUCAGCUGUUCAGCAUGCUAAUGGAGUUUUAGAAAAGAGAAAACUGUCGCUAUUCAUAUACCAUAUUAAGAGAACUUUUGGCAGGCAGCGCAAAAGAACGCAGCAGAAGACAGGAAUCAGAAUCAAGCCAAUUGAAACUCUCGACACUCGUCAGUCCGAGCGCAUCAAUCAAGCUGUAGACGUGGGUGCGCAUGCUGGUCGUCUAGCGGAUCGCCCCCACAAUCCCUUGCCCCUAGUCCCAGCCAAAUGUAUGCCGGUCGCGCCACGCAAUUUGCCAAAACCAUCAGCAGCAUGGCCUGCAGCAUACAGAAGCAGCCCUCGCAGCCAGGACCGCCGACAGCCAUGACCAUGACGGCAACUGGCGUGGGCAUGGCUGGUGUUUCUGGAGGCGGCGGUGCCAGCGGUGCAGGCACUGUGCCCUCCACGCCCAAGUCCAACAAGGCAGCCGCACAGCCGCGUGGCUCGCUGCCAACGGAUGUGCAUCAGCCGCCGCUGGAAUUCCAAUGGCCGCCGCCGCUGCCUGUGUCCAGUCACACCAGCAAUUUGCGUCUGAACAUGAUGAACCAGGAUCCCAAGGAUCUGCACACGGCACGCGCCAUAAUUGAGGAGCUGCGCUCCAAGGUGCGCUUCCAGACGGAGCACAUUAUGAAGUGGCGCAAGGCCUACGCCAUGCAGGUACAGCAACAUUAUCGCUAUCAGAAGGAGAAAUCGGAUCAGAUGAAUUCGCUGACAUCGCAGCUGCUGCUGCUGGAGUCGCGGCUAAAGCGCAAGCAGAAGCAGAUUGCGAGCCUGUUAAGCCAUCGCGAGCUGACCAUACAGCGACAGCAGAAGAUCAUUGAUACACUGUCGACACGUCUGGUGGAUCAUGGACUGGAGAGCAUUGAGGCGAGCUACGCCAAUGAGCUGGACUCUCUGAACGACUCAGACUCGGCGGUGGUGCUGGAGGACAUUGACUCGGACAGCAACAUGACGCUGGGCACGCGCCGCAGAAGCAGUGGUGGCGGGUUGGGCGGUGUUCUGGGCAGUGAUGGGAUUACCAUUGUGCGGUCCAUAUCCGAUGCCAUUGAGACAAAUCUGAAUAAGUAUGGCGCCGCCAGGCGCAACAAUUGCUAUCUGCGUCGUCCGGACAUACUGGAGACUGUGUACUCCGUGGAGGAGGAUCCGGAGCCCACCACAGAUGUGGCCGAGAAGCGCGACAAGUUCAAGAAUCGAUCGGACAAGGCGCUCAGCUCUAGCUCCACCGAGGGACAAAUCGAUGCAACGGCGCCCGCCUCAUCGGGCACGCCCAGUGCGCCGGAGAAAGCCAAAGACACGUGUAUGGCAGCGGCCAUGGCCGUGCCGCGUCGCCAAUUGGGCGCACUGAAACGCUCGCCCAGCCACGACGCGCCAUGCACCACGCUGAGCGUCAAAGUGCCCCAGCUGCAGCCGCCCACAUCCGCGGAUCAGCUCAACGGCAAAUCGCAGGUGACCACCUAUAAUCGGGUCAUGUCCAAUCAUCGGUCCGUGACCAAGCCGAAGGAUGUCAAGUACAAGCGCAUCAACAAGGCCAAGUCCAAGAGUCUCGAGGAGCUGCGUGGCCGGCUCAAGAAUCUAGUGGAGCGACCUGGUCUCGAUGCCGGAUACACAGCCGGCAUGAUGCCGCAGACGGCCCAAUCGUAUGCGUGACACACGCCGCCGCCAGGCGACGCC